AUGGUUGUAAAUAUAAAAUCAUAUUAUGUUAUAACUUUGCUUUAUUUAUUUUCAGAAAUUACCCAUCAGCAGUACAUGCAACUUCGCAAUGGUGAGUUACAGAUAGAGUGGUUCUGUAAUGGUUGCAGGAACGGCGACGAACCACCACCGCCACUUGAAAUCCCGGUAUCGCCACUCAGAAAUCUUGCGCAAGAGGAUCUAAGACAUGGGGGUAACACUACCAUACCAGAUGUGUCAUUCGACCUAGCUCAAGAGUACGAACGACCAACACCAGUGGUAGACACGUCUUUACCUGAUGACCUUGAGCUGAAAGACGAAAUCCCCGCCGACGACGCCGUAAUUACGUAUGAGAUUGUGGAGUCCGGGACUAAGCGAGGUGCGGCGAAACUGAUCAGUUCGGAUGGAUAUUCUUACACGAAGGGGGUAACGUCCGGAGAGAGACAAUUCUGGCGAUGCUCGGUGCGAAACAAGACAGUAAAAUGUCCGGCAUCCGUGAAACAGUACCGCGACAUGUUCACAUCGGGUGUAGCAGGACACGUUCAUCCACAAGAUCCUGGUGCUACAAAAAAGAUGAAAAUAGCUAAGAAGGUGAAGGAACUGGCGCGAGAACGUGUCUUUGAGCCAGCCGCCGCAAUCGUGGAACGUGUCAUGAAGGAUAUGGUGGCACCAAACGAUGUCAGCCUACCCAAACCAGCAAAUCUAGUUCGUGCUGUCAACCACCACAGACGUCUCCGUCCCGAUGAUCCUAAAGACUUAGCGUUUGAGCAACUUGGCAGGCGAUAAGAGAGGUUUUUCCUGAUGCCGUGAUACGGGGAUGCGUCUUCCACUUUACACAGCGGAUAUACAGGAAGAUCACCACAGAGGGACUGAGUACCGCGUAUCAGCAACAUGGUGACAAGUUCGAGUUCUUUAGGAAAAUUAUGUCCCUUCCUUAUCUACCAGUUGAACAGAUUGAACCGGCAUUCAACAGGCUGAUGGAGGUUGCUGAAGGAGUCGGGGGUCCCGUACUGCGGGUAUGCGAGUACAUUUCCCGUACAUGGAUCCACGGCAGUGUAUGGCGACCCCUCAAUUGGUGCGUGUUUAGAGAGGAGGUGCGCACGAACAACGACUUGGAAGGAUGGCAUAGACGCAUCAACGCACGAGCGUGUUCAGCCAACCUCGGUCUUUACAAGUUGGCCAACCUUCUCAGAGAGGAAUCUGAGACAGUUGAUCUACAUAUACGGCUGGUGAGCCAGCACCUUCUCACGAAGAUCAGACGGAAGAAGUAUGUUACGAUACACGGCAGACUACAUCAAGCAUGGGAUGACUACGAAGAGGAGAAGCUGACAACCACUGAACUUCUGAGGAUCAUCAGCCACAUCAAUGCCCUUGGACCAUCCACAGCGGUCCACCACAUGCUCGACGACGGCGAGUCUUGAACGAUGAACGACU